UAUAAAAAAAUCAUGACCAACUAAAAUAACAAGUUCUCCUAAUAGCAUAAGUUAAACGACAGGUUAAUCUUAAUUCACGAAUCAGAAUCCAAUUAAAUAGCGCUGGCGACUAUACAAUUUGGAAAGCUGCACAUUUUUAUGUGGCACAAACAUCUGUAUGAGAACAUAGUAAAGUGCACAGUAUGAAACUAAUAAAUCCGUGAAAUUAUAAACUGGGCUCAUUCAGCAUAUCACACACGAACGCAGCAUGAAGGAAACAUAUUAGAUUAGACGUAUUAAAGGAAGGCACCUUUCUCCCCCCCGCAUAACUUGCGCUUUUAUUGCAAAUUGCAUAUUUACGAUCCAAAGGCGGAACUUUGAAAUAAUUCCAGGCCAUGGACAUAUUGAGCUAGCAAGCUUGUUGCUUUGUAGAGCACAUCAUCGUUCACACUACCACGCUACUUAUUGUGUUGUACAUGUAACUUCAUCAGACAGACGUUUGAUAAAAAGCUACGGAGUCACAUCACAAAACCCUUUUUCCCUUCUGUUUUUCAUCGCUUAAUCAUUCCCUCACUCCCAUUGUGUCUAUUAGAUUAGACAGCGCUAGUCAUUUCACAGCUAAUUUGUAAAAUUCCAUGCAAUGCCGGCUGGUGAUGAUGAACUACAGCGUAUUGGGACACUCCUCUUGUCGGGGAUUCCUCAGCAUUGCAUCGUCUGACCACAGUCGUGGAGGGAGCGACAGACUUCAGCAGUCCUUAGCGUCCCUUCCAAACUGGUUCGAGCAUGGGGAGUCUGCAAAGAUAUAGAAUGUGUCUGGUGCUGACAGUAACUAUUAUGAUGGCUUAUUACAUGGGUCAGCAGCUGAGGCCUGCAAAACUGCUGGGUCUUUCUCCUCAGCACGCCACAGGAAGAAAGCCGAGAUAUGAUCAGCAGACUUCCUUUAAAGUUGGCGAGGGAUUUUGCACAGCUCGCACAUUUGCUGGCUGCUGGAGUUUGUAUUGUCUGAAUCGGGUAUGAAGAUAAGAACGCUAUUUGAGCUCUAAAGCCAUACAAUCAAAUCUGAGAUAGUUCUCUAAGACUGGAGACAACUAUGUCAAAACCAAAUUAACAUCUAAUAGCAGAGCUCACCCCAAAUAAUUACUAGAGUACCAGAAACUGUUAUAAGGUUACUUAUGAUUGAUGAGAACCACUUCAGGAGUCAAAAGUGAGCAUUGUUAUAUUGAGAUUGACAGAUUGCUUUAUUAGAUUAUGCAGGGGUACCUAAUGUUUUGGGCAUUUAUGGUCAGUAGUGUAAGCUAUAUUACCAGCUACCAUAUUUUCUGGACUGUAAGACGCUCCAGAGUAUGAAUCGCAUCUGUCAAAAAAUGCGCCAUAAAGACUAUACAGUAUACUAUACAGUAAGUCACAUUUAUAUAGAAAUUUAUUUCACAGAAUUCAAGACGGAACAGACAUUUAAUCUGGAAAAGCAAUUAUUAUGGAAUUUGAUUUUAUAAAUUUCCAGAUAUGGGAACGUAUGAUGCUAACUGUCGCAUCGCAGCGGUCUUCGUCGGCGCAUGUAAACACUGUGGAACACAUACACAACAAUGGACAAGCGGCAGCGCACAGUGAUACGAACGGAGAGAAAAUAACGCAGAGCGAUUGAGAGGUCUGACUUUUUUGUGGGCAACUGUUUUGUGAUGCAAAUGUAUUACUGUUUUUUGAAUGCAUAUUCAGCCCUGUUGCUGAUAGUGUGUAUGUGAUUCUGAUUCUGAAGACCCUGGGCAGACUACAUUGACAUGGCAAACGCAUAGAAAUUGAAAUCUGAUUGCACAAAAAAAUGUAACAUACACAUUAAAUACAGGAAGUAGUGCAGCCAAGUGAGACGCUACUUGAAGAUGAUAGACUGUUGGGAAUAAAUGUAUAUAAUUUAAUGGGACAAAUAUUAGAGUUGAAGUUGUAAAUGUAGGUCUGUGCUUCUGGUAGUGGUUAGGCCAGCAGAGAAGGCCUUGCUGGCCCUGACUGCACACCACUGAUAUUGUGAUAUAUAAGUCACACCUGCCGACUAAGUUGCAGGACGAGCCAAACUGAAAAAAAGUGUGUUUUAUAGUUGGGAAAAUACGGUACUCUUGAAAGGUCGACAUAACUUUUAAGAAGAUAGAACCAGUCUAAUGUCCACCCACAGAGUACUCUUCCUGCCCCAUCUUAUUGUUGUCUUUGCAAAUGUCCUUGACUGUUCAAAGAAUGCAUCAGUCUCUCUGAGGGUGUGUGUGUGUGUGUGUGUAUUUGCGCAAAGCCGGGCGUGUACAGAAUGCUGGUGAAGGUGCUCGAGUUACAUAAUCCCCCUCUCACGCAGUGACAAGGAAGAAGGGGGCAGCUGCCGUCUACCAUCUCGUCAUCUUCAUCCCGCUUCUGUUCUUCUCCUCUCUAUCGAGUUAGGAUGCUACAAAGUGCGCGUUGACCUUUGAUAUCUUCCAUCCAACCAGCGUCGCAUACAUCCUCAAGAUCAGUCCAAAGAGAGAAGUGGCUUUCACCUUCAACUUGUCCUCUACUUUUUGGUCCAUCUGCUCACACGCUGUUUUAGUCAAAGUGUUCAGGCUGCUGUGCUGGUGUGGUGUAGUGCAUACUAAUGAUAUCACAACCUCACAGAUGCUAUUCUAUCAGAAACAAAACAACUAGAGCAUGUAUUUUCCAUGCUAGCACGGGGAGCAGCAGCAGCUUGACACAGAAAAGCCGGCAGAGCUUCCUGAAACUAGUAAAUAUUGUGCAUAUGGACUCUUCAUGCUGCCUUGAAAAGCUGCCACUAUGUAGCUGAUGGCGUCCAUUUGGCGUGGUGAGGCCAACGGUGCAGAUUGUUUAGCAAAAUGUGUAUUUUAAGGACGAGGAGGGAAGGUGUCUUGCCGAGGGUGUCGGGUACUUGGCUGGCCGAGAAAUGCAGUUGUGGUGCUGCAGAGUGAGUUUGAUUUACCCCAUUUUACCUCUGCCAAAGAAGUCAUAUUUUCAUAGCUGUUUCUUCCUUAGGAGGAUUAUGCAGGAACAACAAAACUGAUUUUCGCAAGACAAUUUUGUGGUGUGUGUCUGGGGGGGGGGAAUGAAACAACCCGAUACAUUUGAUUGUUUGAAUGAUAAUAAAUAUGAGAAAAAGGUGUGAACCAAGAUUGAACGAUUGCUUAGUUUUUGUCACGAGACACCAGAUGCACCAGAAACACGAUGCACCAGAUUGUAAAUUAAUAUUAAGAAAAGUACAAUGAAAUAAUAUGACUGGACAAACAAACUGUCAUUUAACUGAGUCACAAAACAAUGCAGGUGCAGUUUGAAAUGUUUAUUGUCGUACAAAUUGAUGCUAAAGGAAUAUUGUCAGCAUUUUUUUAGACCGAAUAAUCAACUAAUGCUAUGAUGAUAUAUGAUAAUAAUAAUAUAUCAUAAUAAUGCAAUAUUUCCUUUAAUAUGUAAUAUUUCACUCUGUAAAGUUGUGGAGUUGCUGUUUAUGACUUUGGGCUGUUUGUUUUUUCACAGGCAAUUCCUACUGUCUAUGAAACUUUUGCAGCAUUUCUCGUUAUGAUGGCUUUUCAACUGCAUUAAAGAGCAACAUUUCUUUUGUGAUGUAUUACACUAUACUCUCUGUGAACGCACACCAUUUUUGUCUAGGUGCUGAAACCAAGGCACAGCGUGAACUCUCUUUACCGUCUGUUUCAAUCCAAUUAAAUUCAAUUUAUUUAUAUAGCGCCAAGUCUUUAUCUUAGUCCAAGGAACAUAAAGGGGUGUAUUUGAUACUUAUCAGUGUAUCGGGGUCAGUUCUAACUAUAUGCUUUAGCAAAAAGGUACAGUAGGUUUUGGGUUUACUUUUAAUUAGAGACAGGGUGUCUGCCCCCCGGAUUGAGUCGGGGAGAUGACAGCGGAGCCUGUUAACUAAAGGCUCUACCUGCCAUUCUACUUCCAAAACUUCUACGAGUGGCAAGUAAGUGUAAAUUCUGGGAGCACGGUGUUCUACGGGGUUGAUAGGGUUCUAGGAGCUCUUUAAGAUAUACUGGUGCAUGACUGUGAAAUGCUUUAUAUGUCAGAAGGAGAAUUUUAGCUCAAUUCUAAAUUUGAUAGGUAACCAGUGUAGUGAGGCUAAUGAAAUGUGAUCUCUUCUUCUGGUUGCGGUAAAGACUCGUGCGGCAGUAUUUUGGACCAACUGAAGGGUCUUUAAAGAUUUCGUAGGGCAAUCUUUUACCAGAGAGUUCCAAUAAUCCAACUUGGAGGUCAUCAGCAUCUGGUAGUGGCAGGUAUUUUCAGAUUUUUUGUUGUUUCGUAAAUGAAAAAAUUCUGUUCUGGACGCAGGGCAGUAAAAUCAUUUGCAAACUUGUCUCCGAGGUGCUGGGAACCAAGACGGUGAUUUCAGAUUUAUCUGAGUUUAAUGUUGUCUUUAUGUCUUUAAGACAUGCCUGGUUUGGACAGCCGAUGAGUUAGGUCAGGUUUCAUUGAUAAAUAGAGUUGUGUGUCAUCUGUAUAGCAGUGGAAGUUAGUGGAGUAUUUUCUAAUGGUAGUGCCUAGCACGGAACCCUGUGGGAUGCCAUGACUGACCUUCACGUGUCUGGAAUCUUUAUUCCUAAUAGAUCUAAACUGCAGGUGGUCUGACAAAUAGGACUGAAACCAUUUGAAUGCAGUUCCUUUAAUGUCAAGGGCAUGUUGUUAUCUUUGUAUUAGAAUUUGGUGGUCAUUUGUGUGUCGAAUGCUGCUGUAAGGUCUAAUAAAACUAAUACUCAAACAAGGUCUUUGUCUGAGGCGGUGAGGAGGUCGUUCAUAAUUUUUACGAUUGCUGUUUCUGUGCUGUGGUGCAUCCUAAAUCCUGACUGAAAGACCUCAAGUAGAUGAUUGCUUUUGAAGGAGGCGAAACACAAGGAAAACAGACACGCAUGUGUUCCCAGCAUCAGACCUCCAGUAGGGGAAUCUGGAUCAGUAGCAAAGGUUACACAGGGAGCACUGCCUAGCUAAUAAAAAUGAGUGUAAAACAAUAGAGACAGAUCCAAAGUUAGUGUUAGCAUCUUAUGAUUGAGGUUGUUGAUUAAUCAGCGGUGCAUGGCUAAAGCUAAUGUUCCAGUCUCCCGAAUAAGUCACUCAGCACCGUGACACACCCUCUGCUGCCGUAAAUAUGUCAUUACCCUAUCAAAAAGAAAUACGGUACAUAGAAAAUAGAAGCUAAUAAGGUUCAAUUAUUAACAAACAAUUUGUGGCGAUGCCUGUUUAAUUUACAAUUCUGCAUGUAGCCGUUCCAACCUCCUACUCACGCACAUGGCGAUAUAUGGAGACCGGCAAAAUUAGCCGGUUCAUUUUCAUUUGUGAUGUCUUUAUUUUUUUAUUUAAUUAUGUAUUUACUUAACCUCCUGCACAAAGGUCAGCUGAGUUCCAGCAUACUCCCACAACCCUAAUGAGCAUUAAGCGGCAUAGAAAGUUGAUGGAUGGAUGGAUGUUUUUAUUUCAUUUCAUCACAUAUUGAUCUUGCGAGAUCAUGACAUGAGAUCACUUUGGUUUUCAGAGCUACGAAAAUGCUCAUGUCAUAUCCUACUGUUUUCUUUAACAAAGGAUAGACCUUCUCGGUGCUGAACCGCCGCAUGAGUUGAGUCAACUGUUCUCGCCCUGCCAUGUUCCACCGUUUGCUCUGGUUUCCAACACAACCUGCAACCUUUAUGUUUUUGUUUUUUUUUUUCGUGGGGCUGCAGGACAAUGACACGCUCUGCAGAUGGCAAGAUAGAUGUAUAGCCCCUUUUGUGAAAUAUGUGACCAUCAUGACGAGCACUUCAGCAAACCCCAGCGACAUAAUAAGGGAAAUUUGAGCCCAUAUAAUCGUUCCCUGCUGUCUUAAUAGCUUGGCCCGCGUGGAUGGAAUAUUUUGUCCCUAUUAAGGGUGAGGGAUGAAGGGGCCGCAGCCUUGUCCCUUACUACUCCUUGUUUCCUGCAUACUGAGCAUGACUUCAUGAGUGUCAUUCAGCAUGAGGGGUCUUGUUUGUGGUUUUUUAUAUAAGGAAAGCAAUUUGAUUGAAACACAACCGCUAAUGCAAUAUAUGGUGGGUAGUAAUCACUUACGGUAACCAUACGGUAGUAUAGCAAGCUGUUCAAACAACAAAGCUUGAGUAAAUCUUCUCACCAAUAUCCAAGAAAGGUUUGCAAUAGCAUAGUUGUUUACGCGAAGAAAUCAUGCAGUCUGGUACUGAUUACGCUGAGGGAAGCAUCAGGAUUCUCCGCUGAUGGAAGUACUAUCCCGAGCGUCAUUGUCAGGAGGUGAUAGCGGAAGAAGAGGGAAUCCACCAUUUAUGUGCUACAUGUUUUUUCUUUUCUUUGAUGGACAUAAACGUAACAAACAUGCUGCCCUCUCGCCAUGCGCCUCGGUUGCUGUGUUUCUGCUGGCAGGGUGCCUUUGUUUUGCUCCACGGCAGCUCUGGGUUGGGAACACAUUAUGUAAUCCGUGGCGUGUGCCUGGGAUAGAAAGAGAGCGACAGAGGAGGGUGUGACUUGUUAACACACACACAAUGACAUAAUCCACUGACCUCCUCCAACCGGCCACUCGUGUCCACCCCUCCUCUUGUGUUUUCCUGCCAUGGAAUUAGUGUGAUUUUGGCAACCACAGAAGAACAUCCUUCUUUUUGCCCUCCAAUAGCAUUUGUGUGGUCUAAAACUAAACUGGUGCAAUUGGUCCUCAAGGACUUGCCUCAAACCAUGAUGUCAUUGGUAAGACAGAAAAGCCGUGGUUGGUUUAUUUUUCCGUCUAGUUUCCAUGGUCAUGGGUGGAAAGCUCAUAUUUUUCCCCCUAACAUUAUGAAUGACUAGCAUGAUCAUUGGUAAAAUAAAGAGUAUUACAAUUGACAUGAGCUGAAAAUUUCAUGGUCAGUGGUAAAAUAGAGAAUAUUGAAAUUUGGAGAAGCUGACAUUUCUGUUCAACAUUUACUAAUAUGGCAGCAGCACCUUGCAUGGAAAGUACAAUGAAACCUCAUUAUCAUUAUCAUUCAUUCGUUCCAGAAGGUCCAACUCUAACUAAAAUUUCCUCCCCAAAAAAUAUCAAUCCAAAAAUCCGUUUUAACACAAAACCCAUUUUUCUAGUUUUACAAAUAUAGGUUUACAUACAGAAAAUAUAAAUGAACAUUUAACGUCACUUUAACCGUGAUUGAAGACGUGAUUGUUGGCCAAGACGACAGUGCAGCAGCGAGAUCUACCGAGACGCCGCCUUGUGUUUUGCAAUGAGUCAUUUCUUGCAUUCAAUAGUGUUUCUCAGCUUCUUUAGCAAAAUGCUGGCACCUGCAACGUUCUUUGGCUUCAUUGUGGGUUAUUUUGCACCCGUGAUCAAAAGAAAAGCAGAGUCUUAUGGCUAACUGUGCUAGUUAGCUAAGAACUACAGAGUCAACAGCUGAUGACAUCAUUGACAGGCGACAGAGCUGACUUCCGGUUCCUGUUUCCAUGUAUUGGCAAAUUAAUAGCCUGCAAACAAGGGUGUUUUGUGAUUUAAAAAAUACAUUAAGAAUACAGUUGAACUCACACAGUGUAUUAAUAACACGACCAGACGCAAAAUGUACACAAACCGAGGCAAAAUUUUUGUGUAAACCUUCAACGUUAACCGAGAAACACGCUAUGCUAAUCGAGAUCCCACUGUAAUUAUUUUUAUCAGCUUGCUACCGCCGGUCCUGUCUUCACGCUCACUCGUAGGAUUUGUUUAAGCCUUUAUUUAACCAGGUUAAAAAUCCAUUCAAAAGAAAAAUGUAUUUUACAAGAGCAAUCUGGACCAAGUGGCGGUAGCACAAUAUAAAACAUGGAACAUAUUAAAACCAUAUUACAGACAAUUUACACGUGCACAUAUUGAAACAGCGUAUCACACAAGGUACACUGUCGAAAGAAAUUGAAUUAUACACAAAAUGUGUACACAAUUUCAGCACCACAAUUUUUUGGCAUCAUGUUAAAAUUGUGGAAGUUAUAUUUUCAUAAGAUUUUUCAUGCAACUCCGUCUACUUUUUAAACUUUGUUUUGUAAGGAAUCCCUCUAAAUUACACACACACACACUGCGUGACUCUACUAUGACUAACACACACGACACUGAGCAAGCGUAUCACUUGACGUAUCAUACCAUCAGAGCUGAUUCAUAUCCCGCGCAUCCAUAUGCUUCAUAAGGUGCGUCACCGACUGUAUUCUGGGCCAGCAAUGUGAUGUAUGGAAACAUCCCAAGCAGAGUUAAAUAAUUUUCACUGAGGAGUGUGCCGACAGUGUUUAGUUAUGUGUAUUGAGCUUCUGUGAUAAUAAGACAACCUGAUGACCUUUUGAAAGUUUAACCUGUACAUCAUGCAUAUACAAUUAUUUAAAAAAUGUGGGUGUGGCCGUAUAGUCGUAUUAUGCAAGCACGCUGAUUCCAUAAUGACAGCAGUUUCCAUUAUGGAGCAAUGCACUCUCUCGGCUGUGGAAGAAUAUGUUUUUCAUUUUACAGAUGUUCAUGCUGCAUGGGCCGUGUGGGAGGAAUCCCCUGUAACAUUGCUUUCAUUCUGCCAUCCGUUUACAAUAAAAUCGAAGAGGCACAGAAGGAGCUUAAAGACACAAGCUCAACGAAAGGGAUAUCUGGAAGCAGUCGACGAAUUGAAGAUAACAUCAAAGGCCUGAAGAGGAAAAAGGUUGUUGCAGAGAACAAGCUGAAGAAAAUUCCUAAAUCUCCAGUGAAGAAACCUCUGCAGUUGAAAACUCCCGAAACUACUCACCAAGGACGAUCCCCUAAGGAAAAUAGACCUUCUUGCUCCCCUGCUUCCAACAGUCCUUCCCAUCAUCCUUCAGCAUCACCCACUGGGAAAAGCGAGUCACAGGAUGCGCAGCCUGUUGAACCAUCCCCUGACAAAGGGGCAUCUGUCACUGACCAUGAAAGGUUGAAGCAAGAGGAAACUAAGUCCACGUCUCCAACACACCAACCAGCUGAUGAGGAGGAGGGUUCUUUGAAAGUGGCGCAACCUAAAGACAGUAACACCCACGACUGCAGCAUUGAUCAAAUUUAUAAAGAUCCGUACCACACCAGUGCUCCACUUGAUGUCUUGCUAAAAGCAAUGGAGCCUGACAUUCUUACACUUGCCGAGAGGAAAAAGUCCUUCCAAGUCUCAGGUCAACCCACUGGUGAAUUAUCGAACAUGCCAGCUGUCAAUAUUGGUCUCCAAAGUCAAUCUCAUCCUAUGCAGACAUAUUAUAUUGACAAACAGGGUAAUUUCAUUGGUAUUGCGGCACCAUUACAGGGAAGUGUACAGGCUUCUACGCCGGGUGAGGCUUUACAACCGCUCUCAUUCGCAAAUCAACAUUUUAUUCCUGUUGUUUCUAAUCCAGAAAAGCCAAGCAUUCACAUGAGCUUCAAUACUGGACCGUCAACUAUAACUCAUGCACCUGUUCCCUCAGGCUCAAAUGCUUUGCCAAAAAGUCAGCCUCCAAUUGUGCAAACCUGCCGGUCACUCUCAGCAACUGUUCCCAGCCCCAUUCAGGUGCCAGUUACACCUGGAAACAACCAUGUUCAGAUUACUACUGUAAUGAAUUUUGGUGCUGAGCACAUUUCCAAGGACCAAAAGCCUAAGAAGCCAGGAAAGUAUGUAUGUGAAUACUGCAACCGGCCAUGUGCAAAGCCCAGUGUGCUGCUCAAACACAUCAGGUCACACACAGGAGAAAGACCAUACCCCUGUGUAACCUGCGGUUUCUCUUUCAAAACCAAGAGCAACUUGUAUAAGCACAAGAAAUCCCAUGCUCAUGCUAUAAAACUUGGUCUCAUUGCACGCUCUGAAUCAGGAGGUGGACUGCUACCUCCAGAAUCUGACAAAGCCCUUGGAACUCAUUCAGAGGUGGAGGAGAGUGGGGACAGUGACGAAGAAGGUAGCACUGUGGACCUGGAUCCAGACUCAUCACAGAGCAGUGCAGCAGCCUUGUCUGAAAAUAGCUUACAGAGCUUGGGUACAUCCCAAGGAAUCUAUGGUGAAGCGGACUCAUCAGCUCUGUUCGAUUCAGUGAAACCAACCCAUGCUCAGAGAAAUCAUGAGCCUAAAGUGACAGCUGCACUGCCAAAAGUUGUUGUUUACCCAGUUAAUGUUUCGCCUCUAAGGGCAGAUAGCCCGAGAGUUACAGGUGCAGCGCCUGAACAAGCUGCUUCACAACGCCAACGAGAGUUUCCAACUGCCGCUCUGAGAACAAACAUGAUGGUUCUGUCAUCUCUAAAAGAGAUAGUUGGCACAAGUCCCUCACUAGAUACUGUGAGUGAAGAUGAAGAUCAGCGAUGUAAAUCUCCACUUUUAAGUGGACAUGCUCAGCUUCAGAGGCAACAAGCUACUGACUUUUCUCAACAGCAACAGGCUAAGUGUCUACUCAGCCCUCGUAGUUUGGGAAGUACAGAUUCUGGCUACUUCUCUCGCUCUGAAAGUGCUGACCAGGCAAUGAGUCCACCCAGUCCAUUUGUGAAGAUCACGCCACCAGCUGACAUUGACCUAUCCAAAAAGGAUAUUCCUAAUGCCCCUCCUGUUAUUUCUACAGUAAUGCGUGUGGCAACAGAGCAAAAAUCACAAGUCACAGAGGGACAAAUGCGUCCCCCUUUAGAAACAAAAGCCCUCUCGCUGGAAGAAAGAAUUUCAAAGCUGAUAUCUGAUAAUGAGGCAGUGGUUGACAACAAGCAAUUGGACAGUGUUAAACCAAGAAGGACCUCUCUGUCAAGGAGGGGGAGCAUUGACUCUCCCAAGUCCUACAUAUUUAAAGAUUCCUUUCAAUUUGAUCUUAAACCAAUGGGACGAAGGUCAAGUUCCAGUUCAGACAUCCCCAAGUCACCAUUCACUCCCACAGAUAAAUCAAAGCCAGUGUUUCUUCUCUCCGUACCGUCUCAAUAUCCCCCAAUGGAUUGUUUGCCAAUAACGAGGAGUAACUCCAUGCCGACAACACCAGGACACUCUGCUCUUCCACUUAAUAUUGCUCACCUGGCACACCCUUUGCGAAUAUGUCAUUCUUUUGAUGAGAAAAGUUCAAUAAAUGAUGAUGUAUUUUCAUCUGCACCAUCAACCCCCAAUCCAGCAAUACAUUCCCGGACCUUAGUCAGACAAGCAGCAGUGGAGGACUUUUCCACCAAUGAAGGGCACAGACUUCCAACUGUCCGCUCAAUGGACGAUGGAUAUCAUGCUCUAAACAAUAGCGCAGAAUUAAUGCAAAGAAGUCGAUCUUUUGAGUACAGUCAAGAAAGACAAAGAAAAUUUCAGCAAAAUAAAGGCACAAUGUAUGAAUGUGAAACUUGUCGAAAUCGGUACAGAAAGUUAGAGAAUUUUGAAACUCACAAGAAAUUUUACUGCUCGGAACUUCAUGGACCAAAAAACAAGCCUGUUGUUGUUAAAGAAAGUGAUCAAGACGUUUUUCAUGUGACCACACAGCCCCAUUUAGUUUCCAGAUCAGCUACUGGAUCAGGUUUAAUAGACCAACAGACAUCAUUCAGGAAGAGACGAAAAAUGAAAAGUGUUGGAGAUGAGGAUGAUCAAUCGCCAACUGACACAAAUCCCCCAUGUUCAGUUAGUUUUGAUUCAGGUCAGUUACCUACAGCCCUGUCAAGUCAAAGUUUCCCCCAGCAUGGUGUAAUGGUAGAUAUACAACCCAAAAACAACCAGGCAAAGCUACCUCAAAUUCAACUCAUAGCCCGAGGUGCAAGUGCUUCAGAUUCCAGACUGUCACCAAUUCGAGAGACACAGCUCAGCACUUCUACUAAAGGAGAAAUACAGAGGCAAGGCAGUGGUACUUCAGUUAUCAGACACACCAACUCUCUCAGCAGACCUAGUUCAUUUGAGACAGAAUCUACAGAUAAGGGUUCUCCGCUAGACAGCAAGGAAAAGGACCCUGUGAAAUCCAAAACAGAUCUAUCAACAGCUAACAGCUAUCAUGACAAGUUAUCAAACCAGAAGAUUAUAGAAGCUGAUUAUGGGAAUCCACGAAUGGACCAUUGCACCGACGGUACAUUGGCAGCAACGGGCGAAACCUCUACUCCUGCCCAUCAGUGUCGUCUAGUUCGUCAAAACAACAUCCAAGUUCCUGAGAUUUUGGUCACAGAGGAGCCUGACAGAGAACAUGAAGCACAGACUUCUGAGCCAGCAGAAAAGGCUGCAGAUCAGUUCAGCUGGCCACAAAGAAGCGAGAGUUUGUCAAAGUUACCGGCUGAAAAACUUCCACCAAAAAAGAAAAGAAUUCGUCUUGCCCAAAUGGACAACUCUUCAGGUGAAUCCAGCUUUGAGUCAAGCCUCUCACGAAGCCUGAGCAGAGACAGUACUCUCUCACACUGUUCCAGCAUUUCAGCCUCCUUUGACAGAGAAGAAGCUUCCCGAUCAGAGAGUCCAUCAAGAGGGGAGUGUGUCAGCAGAAUUCCAGAGCCGCAAGGUCAACCCAAAGUAUUUAGCACACUUGGUGUACCUGGAGCGAUGAGGCGCGCUGCAUCCGAACAGAUCAAUUGUACUCAACCCUCAGUGGAAAUUUCAUGUGACUACCGUAGCAAGUCUUUUGACUGUGGCAAUGUAUCCCCCAGGAGAGGUCAGUCACCUGUUGGACAGCCUAAAGGUGGACCAAUCACCCAAGGCGCCCAGGUUCCACUUAUUGAAAGGAGGCGGGGGCCAUUAGUUCGUCAAAUGUCUCUCAAGAUAUGCCCAGAUAAUCAGCAGCCUGUUAGAAAAGUCAUAACUCUCGACAAAGCUCCAUUUACAAGUGCAAACUCUGUAAACCAAAAUAGAUCUCAACCGAUUCAAAUUGUCAAUAGAUUUCCUAUGGCCCAGCCUGCUGUCCUACAAUCUGGAGAAGUACCCCUGCAAAGAAAUGAGCAAAUGAUCCAAAGUAUUAAUUUGGGCAGCCCGACACAGCAACCCCAAAUCUAUGGCCUUCCACACCCUUGGCAUCAAACAUCUAGAGUUCAAGUAUGCCAAAAGGUACAACAACCUGUGAGCCAGAUCAUAGUUGGUUGUGAGAACGCCCAAAACAAGCUGGCUGACUUAGAAGAAAACAAAUGUUAUGUGCCCAAGUACCAAUUGCCAUUUCCAACUCAAAGACCAACUCAAACAUUUUCAUUCACAAGCACACGGGGAUCUCACAUAGCUUUGCCAGUUUUAACAAUGCCCAUUGCCAAUCCGAUUUUGAGCAUUUCAAAAUCAUCAGAUGCACUCAGAAAUGUGUACACUGCUCAGCCCAGUCAGAAGGCCUCUGAUAUUAAGAACAAAUCUGUUGUUUUGCCUGUUGAGCAGCAUAGGGACUCAAACAAUCCGGCCCAACCAGGUGGUAUUCCAUUGCCACAAAUCCUGAUAACUCAUGAGCAGAUGCACACUGCUCCCUCUGUCUCCAGCAAAAACACCCUUCCAGCCACUCAUAUUGUAGAUGCUGAAACUCAUGCUGCACCAAGUAUAAAGAAGGAUUGCACUCAAUUUGUAAAUAUUCAUAACAAUACUGGAGAAAGAGUGUCGUCUCUGGGGUCUUUGCAUUGCACACAGAAACUUGCAGCAGUGGCUCUUUGCCCACAACAGGAGCCUAUUGCUUCAAGUAAAAGAAUGCUGUCACCUGCCAACAGUUUGGAUAUCUACAUGGAAAAGCACCAAAAACGAGCUAAGGACGAGCACGGUGUGGCCUGCCUUACUGACGGCAGAUCAGUCAAUUACCUUAAUUCCAAUUUGUCGGACGCGACCAGACAGCGGAAACUUACACUUGUAAGGCAGGUGUGUACGACUGAGCCAGUAGACAGUCCCAUUGAAACAGAGGCCCCUCCUUUGCCUCAAGUUAAAACAGAUACUGAGAAGGACCUUGAUGAUGUUAAACCUAUGUCACCUGACAGUACUGGUCUGGAAAAAGACACAAGCACAGUUAUUCCCGAAGAGGCUGGCCCUGCCGUAAAUACCUCACCUGAUUGUCAGGGUUCCUCUACACCAGCCAGUAACUCUCAGAAAACUCAAGAGAAAGUGGAGGAGCAGAGGUGGAAUCCCAUCAAAUCACCAAUAAGACCCUCAAGUUUCCAUGGUGGUCAAGUAAAACUGACCACAUCUGUUUCCGUGGUUAACACAAAAGACAGCCAUCGCCUCUCCUUCCCAAGCCUAAAGACUACCACCACUUUCACAUGGUGCUUUUUGAUGAAAAGAAAAUCACUUCACAAGCUACAAAGUGACCUGAAGACCUCCGCUUAUGCUGCCUGGGCAGUGAACCCAAAUAAUCCAAACCCACUUGGGUUGCCCACAAAGGUGGUCAUGUCGCUCCUUGACUCCAAACAUACCUCCAAAAAAAUCCACUACACUUCAGCUAUAAGAACAACUGGAAAAUCAGACAUCUUGUCUUACUCUGGCAAGCUCAAAGAUGUCAUGCCAAGGGCGCCAUUGACCCAGAAGACUUUAUCAGUUGAAGCCAGAAGUAAAGUGCAAACAGAAACUCAUUCAAGCAAUGAGUCAGACAAGGAGGUGGCAUCAAAAACAGAACCAAGGCGUAUUAAAAUCUUUGACGGCGGAUACAAAUCCAAUGAAGAGUAUGUUUACGUACGUGGGCGAGGGCGCGGUAAAUACAUCUGCGAGGAAUGUGGGAUCCGCUGUAAGAAGCCCAGCAUGUUGCGCAAACAUAUUCGCACCCACUCUGACGUUCGGCCAUAUCACUGCAUCCACUGCAACUUCUCCUUCAAGACUAAAGGAAAUCUCACCAAGCACAUGAAGUCCAAGGCACACAGUAAGAAAUGCAUGGAAAUGGGGGUGCCCAACGGACUCAUUGAGGACCAAGACGCAGAGGAUUCAGGAGACCGCAGUCAGGUGAGCAGCGCUGACCGCCAAGAUUCAGACGGCGACGACUCCGACGGCCCUGAUGAGGAAGAGAAUGAGGACAACGAUGAGGAAGAGGAGGACAGCCAAGCGGAGUCGGGCCUGUCCACGAACCCGUCUGUCUCUGCCAGCCCGCAGCAUAUUCCAUCUAAAGAGGCUGAGGUCCCGCCCAGUGCCCUCCUGGCACAGAUGUCAAUCAGCUCCAUUUCACAGCCUUUUGCUCCUGAACCCCACACAUCAGACUCACAAUCCGUCCCCAUCGUGAACCCUUUGUCCCUGAGUAGGCAGAUGUCUAUCUUGGGGUCCUGUCCUAGCUCGGCGCCCCUCUCUUGUAGUUCUCUUCCCGCCACGACGGACUGCAACAUCUCGGACACAGAGUCAGUGCACAUGAUGAGCCCGGUGUCACCGUGCAGGCAGAUGUCCAUCGACUACCCGGACUGUGAUGUGCCUCCCAGCCCGCCAGUGCCAGGGAUGGGCUUUAGACCAAGCCAGGAGCCCUCUUUUGCUGCUCAUCCCAUGGCAACAACUGAGUCUGGCUUACCAGUGGACCGCAGCACACAGACCUCCACUUCGCAAAGUCCCACACAUGUUCCCCUACAAGGUUUGUCUCAAGCCCCAAGAAUGGAGACGCAGACCCACCUCUUCAGUCACCUGCCUCUGCAUUCCCAGCAGCCUUUUCGCUCCCCUUACAGUAUGAUUCCUGUCGGGGGCAUCCAACUGGUGCCUGCUGGACUGGCAGCUUAUUCUACUUUUGUGCCAAUUCAGACCGGUCCUGUUCAGCUCACCAUCCCAGCCGUUAGCGUUAUCCAUCGAAACGCAAGCCCGGCACCGAGCUCUUCACCCCAGCCAGACUUGCAGCCGCUUGUGGUACAGGAGCCCAUCAGUAACGUGGUGCCCUGCUUCCCUGUCAGCCAGGUCACUGACUUACAAGGUCAGACAUUGCAGCCGGUAGGUUUGGAGACACUCAACCUAAUGGGCCUGACCAACGCAGGGCUCACACCCGCCCAACUCGUCCCCCAGCAAGGGGUCGCCCUGCAGGUUUUAGCUGCUAGCCCCACCUCCCAAAGCAGCACCAGCACCCAAACACACAUCCCAGGCCUGCAGAUAGUAAACAUCGCCCUGCCUGCCAUCAUCCCCUCCCUGAGCCCGCUGCCUGCCCUUAGUCCUCUUUCUGGGUCGUCUGAGAGGCAAGGGAGCCCUGACACACUCGGAGCACAAUCAUCUCAAACUGAAAGUCCUUCAGGUUGCAUGGCCACCUCCCCGCCUGCACCUUUGACACACUGCACCUCGGUAGAGUUGACCCCAGGCAGCAGGUUGAGCCCUGGAAGGAGCAGCCCAGGAGAACACCUCACACAGACUUUGGAGAGGACGGAAGGGUCCUCACGGCAACACCCGCCCCCAAAAAGUCCAGCACAUUGCGUGGCAUCCCCCAAGGGAGGUGGAGGCGAUGCUGCACCGACGAGAGCGCCACCAGUGUCCACCUGGCAGAAGGUCAUGGAUGACUAUAAUGAGGUUUCCAGCGACGACGAAGACAGACUGGUUAUUGCCACCUGAGAAGACCCCUCACGUACAAAGCUCUUCUUUGUUCACUUUUUUUUUCUAAUUGGAGUCACUUUAAGACUGAGAACACUUCUUCAGGGGUUUGUUUCUUCACAAAUCACCUUUCAAAGCACAGAUGCUGACAUUCAUAUUGUAUGUGCAAUCAUAUGGCAAUUAUAAUGAUGACCAAUCCUUUUGUUUUUACUUUCUUUUCUGUCAGCUCCACAAAAUGUUUUUGUACAUGUUGUAUAGACGAUUGUGCCUUUUAUGGAGUUUGUUGUUUAGGGACCUGUACAUAAUUCCUUAUAAAUUCAGUACUUGCUUGUGUUUACAUACUGUAUAUAUAUAUAUAUAUAUAUAUAUAUAUAUAUAUAUAUAUAUAUAUAUAUAUAUAAACAAAACAAAAAAGGAGGCUUAACAAUGGAGGAUAUCAGUUUUAUUUUGGAGGUUUUCUCAUUCGUAAAUUGAUGGAAUUGUCGUACUGGUAUAUGUACAUUUCUAUGGAUUAUGGGGCAGUGUUUAUGUGUACAAAUAUUGUGUUCAGCUAUUUAUUAUAUUCCAACUAGUGCCCAUUAUGAUUUAUUGGUCCAUAGGUAUGUGCACUUGGUAGCUUUACAUUGCUGUAUCAAUAUUCUCAACUGUAUGAGUAAAGAUUUCGUUACAUUCAUUAUGUCAUGUUGUUAUUAUAAUCCUGCACUGUACUUAUUCUAAUGUUAUUGCUCAACAUUGAGAGUCUAUUUAGAGCCUCACUGAGAGACAACCUCAUGCCCUUCUCAGCCUCUCAUUGUAAAGUACUUAAUUAGAAAUCAUUUGUUUAUCAGCUGAACAGCACUUGGUGGAAUAUUAAACGGCGUUUAUUU